GUAAUGUAUUUACCAAGACCCUCAUCCCAUUAUUAUCCCCUUCAAUAUCCAACAUUAUCAGAAUUACCUUAAAGGGAGUAACCUAAGUUGAUUUAUGACUCAAGAUAUGAAAUAGAAGAUAAAUAUUACAGAAAUUAGAUCUAUAAUCAAUAGUAAUAAGAUUUAGCUUAAUCUCAAUAAGAAUAUCAAAAAAUGGAGAAAACUUAUAGCAAAUAGAAUGGAUAUAAAUAAGAUCUUGAUACUAUGAAUUAAACAUAUGGGAAUAAAAGAAAUAAUAAUUAAUAACAAUAACCUCCUAUAUCAGAAAAAUAUAACUAAAUAACAGAUUCAGAUAUUAAGUUUAUUUCUUACAUAUUUUAAGAGGAAAUACAGUUUAGAAAAGAACUUGUUCAAAUCAAUAAAAAAUUAAAGCUACUCAAACCAAACUUAUUGUAAUUGUUUUUUGUAUUUACAUCUGAUAAUCAUUAUGUAAUAAUUGAUUCUAAUUAAUAGAAAAUUGAAAAGUUUAAAUUCUUGGAAGUAUUACAAUCUUAUCAAGAUGAUAUCAAAGUUUGUGAUUUGGAAUUAUUAUUCAAUUAUUUAAAUAAUUGGAAACGUUCUUAAUCAAUUACUUAUGGGUAAUUUCUACAACUGAUAAUCCCUUAUAUUAAGUAUGAAGAAAUGCCCGAUCCAGCAGAUCUAAAGUAUUAAUAGGAUUAGCCUACACAAGAAUAAAUGGAAAUAUUUUGUAGAUUAAUUCAAAUGAAGUUGUAAAUGAUGUCUACUCUGGAGUAUUAUAGAUAAAAGAUUGAUAAAUCUCUUAUUAAUUUAGUAUAGAUCUUUGAAUUCAUAGAUCAAGAUAGGGAUGGAUAUAUUAAAGCAUUAGAAAUCACAAAAUUAUUAUGUAAAAAAAUAAAAAUUAUAGAUAUCUAGAGUAGUUUGGUUAUUUGGUUACAAUUGAAGAGGCUUAAUUAGUAUUAUAAGAUAUUGAUGAAAGAGGAUAAAUUAAUAUUAAUUAAUUUGUUUACUAUUACAAACCAAAAUCUUUGGCUAUAUAUUUAUGA